AAGAUCACAGAUAAUAUUUUCAGAAGCUCUUAUAAUGGACCCUCCUGCAUAUGAUGUUAUCCAGGAGUGAAUGGCUCCAUUUGGUGGAUCGCCAUGGAAGCCCCUCCCAUUUCACUGCUCCGCAUUACGCUCAAAACGAAGCCCAGCUCGAAGAAAUCCAAAGAAAAGCACUCCCUGAAACGCCGGAACCUUCACACCCUCUCGUACCCCAAGUCCUCUCCUUCGCCGCUGUUCAUCUCUCCAACCCCACUUCGCCUCACCCGCGAACAGGCCCUCGACCACGUCCUUGCCGAGCUCGAGGCCUCCAUCGACAAUGGCAUCAAGGUCGACCCCUCCAUCUUCUCCUCCCUCCUUGAGACAUGCGCACGCAUGCGGUCCCUCUCCCAUGGCGUUCGCCUCCACCGUAUCAUCCCCCGCUCCCUCCUUCGCCGCAACGCUGGCGUCUCCUCCAAACUCCUCCGUCUUUAUGCCUCUUGUGGCUUCGUCGAUAGAGCCCAUCGCAUGUUCGACGAAAUGCCCGAGAGAAAUAAGUCCUCGUUCGUGUGGAACUCGCUCCUCUCCGGGUACGCGGAGCUAGGCCUCUAUGAAGACGCCAUGGCUUUGUAUUAUCAGAUGGUUGAGGACGGUGUCCAGCCCGAUGAUUUCACCUUCCCGCGCGUUCUCAAGUCUUGUGCGGGUAUUGGGUCGAUACAGCACGGCGAAGACGUGCACCGGCACGCUGUUCGCUCUGGGCUUGGCCGUGACGUUUUCGUGCUUAACGCGCUUGUGGAUAUGUACGCCAAGUGUGGCGACAUUGUGAAAGCACGCAAGGUGUUCGACGUUAUUCCCGACCGUGACUCUGUGUCUUGGAACUCCAUGUUGACGGGUUAUGCGCAUCACGGGCUGGCGCGUGAGGCGUGGGACGUUUGUAGAGGUAUGCUUGCUGCCGGGCUUGAACCAAACUCGAUCGCCAUCUCCACAAUGCUUGCAAAGUUCUCAUUCAACAGAAAGCUUGGAUAUGAGAUUCAUGGAUGGGUUCUCCGACAAGGGAUGGAAUGGAACUUGUCCAUUGCCAAUGCACUGAUUGCAAUGUAUGCUGAACACAAACAAUUGCGAUGUGCUCGAAUAGUGUUCGAGUCAAUGCCGGAGAAAGACUUGGUUACUUGGAAUACAAUGAUAUCAGUUCACCGGAAAGAUUGUCGGGCCAUUAACAUAUUCAAGCAAAUGGAAGACUCUGGUGUGCAGCCGGACCGGGUGACAUUUGUGUCCUUGCUUUCAUCAUGUGCAAAUCUGGGAAUGGUGGAUUCUGGCCGGAGGUUGUUUAACAAAAUGAAGAAGAAAUACAGGAUAGCCCCAGGGAUGGAGCAUUAUGGGUGCAUGGUGAAUAUGUUGGGUAGAGCAGGGCUUGUUGAUGAAGCUUAUGAAAUGGCAAAAACAAUGCCUUUUGAUGGAGGGCCGAGGGUUUGGGGAGCUCUGUUGUAUGCUUGCUCAGUGCAUGGGAAUGUAACUAUUGGAGAGGUUGCAGCAGAGAGAUUGUUUGAGCUGGAGCCUGAUAAUGAGCACAACUUUGAGUUGCUCAUGAGGAUAUACAGGAAUGCUGGAAGACUGGAAGAUGUGGAGACGGUGAGAAUGAUGAUGAGAGAAAGAGGAUUGGACACUGAAUUCAACUUGUGAAUAUUGAUUUACACUGAUCCA